AUGGCCCACGCUAUAAGCAUGGACGAUGGUGAAACGAGGGCAACACCAAACCAAAGGUUUGAAGUUCUGACGAGGAGAGCCGUCCCACCGGAUUACCAACAAGAGCUCGGAGAUGAUGAUCUGCACAAGUUUAUGGAUCAUGACCUAUAUAAAGCCACGAAAGAAGGGGAUGUCGUGGAAUUCAUCGAUGCGUUAGAAAAGGUUAUUGAGUCGAGGAAACUAGCUUUGUCGCUAAUCCUCAACCAAGUCACCCCCUCCAGGAAUUCUUUGCUUCAUGUAGCAGCAAGCUCUGGGAACAAUGAUGUUAUGGAGCUCAUUCUCCUUCAUUUUCCUAACACCGUGGCCCAGAAAAACUCCUCGGAGGAUACUCCGCUCCAUGUUGCCGUUCAAGAUCGAAGGUUCAACGAAACAGAAAAGCUAAUUCGCCAAAGAAUAGACUUGGAAAUUAUAUACUGGAAGAACAAGGAUGGUAAAUCUCCAUUAUAUCUGGCAAUUGAAAAGUGCGAGUUUUCGGAAUCACAAGAUCGCCAGGGGGCGGUCUGGGAGAUUUUUCAGCUUCUUUUGCAAGAAUUUGCUCGAGAUGAAGCUUACGCAGACAAGAUGCAGGGCAUGUCACUAGUUUUGGCCGCACACCGUGAUACAGAUAUCUUGAAAGAAAUUAUAGAUCGGCUUCCGAAGUUACUCCACGUGCGUGAUGAAAAGAGAAGGACACCACUGCACGUUGCAGCAUCGGGUGGAUAUUGUUUUGCAGUGAAGCUCCUGCUGGAGAAAUGCCCUCAUCUCGCCCUUCAAACGGACGAAAACGGCUCCUACCCGAUUCACACCGCUUGCGAAGGGUGGAGCUACUCCGUGUUCUCCCAAUUUAUAAAAGUCUCCAUGCUCUCCGAAUUAAUAAAAGUCACGUGGUCCGACCUGGCAGAGAUCAAAAACAAAAACGGUCAGAAUAUUCUGCACGUUGCAGCCAAGGCCGGGAACUACUUAUUGGUCUGCGGCAUAUGUGAACUCAGAAAGCCCGAUAUCACCGAGAAGCUAAUGAAUUCGAAAGAUGUCGAUGGAAACACACCCCUCCAUUUGGCAUCGAUGCACAAUCAUUGUGAAGUUAUGCGCUUUUUGACGAAGGACAAAAGAAUUGACUCGUGCCUUCGGAACAAUGAUGGGUUGACCGCGCUGGAUGUGGCCAUGGAAUCCAGAAGCUUGUCGACGGAAAAUUCAGCGUUAGUAGGACGUGCGAUUUUGAUUGUCGCUGGUGUGCCACAAAGCAAAGGUCGAGACGUUAUGUCGCCGAGAGAACAAGAUUCUAGAGCGAGCAAAUCAUCUCCUGCCGAAUGGAUCAAGGACCAGGUCAAUACAUUAUUGCUAGUGGCCACGCUUGUGGCCUCCGUCACGUUCAAUGUGGGCUUAACCUUGCCCGGUGGAUAUAAUGCUUCCAAUGAUCUACACCCCGGAACAGCGACCAUGCUGCACCACGGAAUGUUUCAGGCUUUCAUAAUUGCCAACAUGGUAGCCAUGUACAGCUCCAUUCUUGCAGUUGUAGUCCUCCUCUGGGGUCUCAAUAGAGAUUACUACGUUGCAGAACUAGCUUACCACUCAGCAGGGCCAUUAUUGUUGAUGGCCCUCACCAGCAUGUCAGUGGCUUUUUUUGCGGCUGUAACCGUAGCAGUGAGCAAACUUACUUGGCUCGGGAGCCUUGUUCUGUCCGUCGGAGUCCUUUACCUCGUGAUGGUCGUGGUGGUUUUAGCAGCCUUGAUAUUCCCCUCCUCCAAAACUACUAUGUUUAUUGUGGUCUUUUACUAUAUAGCGAUAUAUACAGUCAAAAGAUAUGUCAAAAAUGUGUUGAGGUUUUUUACGUAA